GCCUCCUCCAUCCGCGCCCACGCCCCUCAAGCGCCACAGCGCAAGGGCGACUGACGGCUCGAGGCAGCUGCUGGAACUCUGGAAACCGGUUGCCACGGAAACGAAAAAAAAAAAGAAAAAAAAAUCCCCAAUAAAAGGCAACAGACAAAUCUUUUUUUUUUUUACACAUCUCCACAGCUGUUAAAGACGGUCAGUCAUGUCGUCCCCAGUGCUGCUGAGUCUUGUGCGUUGUGCUCGCUCGGCCGUCUCCAGGCAAACCUUCCUCGCUGUACGAUCCUCCCCGGAAACCUGCACAGCGUCGGGGCAGGUGGGUGGAAUGUCGCUUGGGGUGGUGGGCGUACGUAAGGCCAGCGGGUCAGCCCGCUUCGACAGUGAUGGCAGCGGCCAGCCGGUAACCUGGGACUCAUUCGGUAUUUGGGACAACCGGAUAGAAGAACCGAUCCUUCUGCCCUCCAGUAUCCGAUAUGGAAAACCUAUUCCACAGGUCAGUCUGUCUCGGGUUGGCAGUGCAUCGGUUUUGGGUCUCAGGAAGCAGAACGAGGACCGUCUCCGAUUCGCCCGUAUCCAAGACAACCUGCUGUACUUUGCGGUGUUCGAUGGCCACGGUGGUCCGCACGCGGCUGACUACUGCUACACCUUCAUGGAGAAGUUCAUCAGAGACGCUUUGGAAGAGGACGAUGAUCUGGAGAAGGUUUUAAAGAAAGCCUUUCUGGAUGCUGACAAGGCUUUGCACACACAUCUAAGAUACUUCAACAAUGCUUCAUUCCUGACAGCUGGCACCACAGCGACGGUUGCUAUGCUGCGUGACGGUGUGGAGCUGGUGGUUGGUAGCGUUGGUGAUAGUCGGGCGUUACUGUGCAGGAAAGGACAAGCCCACAAGCUCACCAAAGACCACACACCUGACCGCGAGGACGAGAAACACCGGAUCCAGAGGUUCGGUGGUUUUGUGACGUGGAACAGCGUGGGUCAGGCUAACGUUAACGGGCGGCUAGCAAUGACACGCAGCAUCGGAGACUUCCACCUGAAAACCAGCGGCGUCAUCGCAGAGCCGGAUACACAGCGGCUUACCGUCCAGCACGCCAGCGACUCCUUCCUUGCGCUGACCACCGAUGGCAUCAACUUCCUGCUGAGUGACCAGGAGAUUUGUGAUGUCGUCAACCAGUGCCAGGACCCUACAGAGGCUGCUGAUGUCAUCGCUCAGCAGGCGCUUCAGUACGGCUCGGAGGACAACAGCACCAUCGUCAUCAUCCCGUUCGGAGCCUGGGGGAGGCAUCAGAGCUCCACCGUUGUCUACAGCAUGAGCAGGAACUUCACGUCGAGUGGGCGGUGGGCGUAGACGAAAGAUGAAAAAAAAAGGAGAUGAACUUGAAGGGCACAAAAAUGUAGCCCACACGUGACAACACAUAUGUACAUAGAGUGUAUAAAAAUAUGUAUUGUACAUAGAGAGACGUUUUCUGCAGUGUUUCUAUUAGUACAACUGUGCCUUAAUGCACAUCAUGUAUUUUUGUUUUCAAACCGAUGGCAGAACUCCUCCAAAACAAACUCAGAGAAAUUGCAUCGACUCAAAUUGUGUUUCACCCCAUAAACUAUCAUUUGGAGGGAGAAGAUCAACAAGAGUAGAUGUUCUUUUUUCUUUUCUGUAAGUAAAUAAUUCAAACUUCAGACCUCUGACCUUUCACCUCUGGGUAGAAUAAAGUUUGACAUGUUAAACCGA